CCUCGCACACUUUCGAGUUGUAGCGACUGCAAUUUGAUAACCACAACACCGCCAUCAUGGGUCGCGUUCGAACAAAGACCGUCAAGAAGUCCGCCAAGGUCAUCAUUGAGCGGUACUACCCAAAGCUCACUCUCGACUUCGAGACCAACAAGCGAAUCUGCGAUGAGAUCGCUAUCAUUGCUUCGAAGCGCCUUCGAAACAAGAUUGCGGGCUACACCACGCACUUGAUGAAGCGCAUCCAGCGUGGACCUGUACGCGGUAUCUCCUUCAAGCUGCAGGAAGAAGAACGUGAGAGGAAGGAUCAAUAUGUGCCGGAGGUCUCGGCACUCGACUUCACCCAGAACUCGGAGAGUGGACAGCUCGAUGUUGAUCAGGAGACCAAGGACAUGCUCAAGGCCAUGGGCUUCGAUAACAUUCCGGUUAACGUCGUCGCCGUCUCGCAGCAGCAGACUAUCGACCGACCACGCCGCUUCGGCGAUCGCUCCCGCAACUAGAUUGAUUGCAUGUGCAAUGGCGUCAAUGGCAUGAUUACGGGAAAAACUUAUCAUUCUUAUGGACAAGGGUGUAACGUGGCCGCUCAGCAAAUUGUCUGGUAGGCAUGAAAUCGAGAAACGUUUUCUCAACUGGUGUCGCCGUCUCUUACUCAAGAGACUAGGCUUGAUUGCCAUCAUUCUUUCCUUUCACUUCCAUGUGCAUCUGUGAUUCAUGAUGUUGACCCGCUGCCAGUGGACCGUCGCCUCUACUUUAGAAUAUUUCUCGUUACACGCGAAGAACAGACCAAAUGCUGUUCUAGCUUCUCACGUACCGACAAGAGUCAAUGUGUCAUGACCAAGUACCGUUCUGGAUUUCUUUUUAAUCCCGGGGUCCACACACGUUUGGACAUCGCAUCCCGUUUGAUGGGAUUUAAUGGUCAUCUGCGAUUCCGCUUUUCAUUCCUUCAUUGCUCUUCGCCUAGUCUUUCGCAGCUCUCUAGUCUCAUAUACAUAGUAGCAGCUUGCUUUGUCAUCUACCCGGUUUUUCUACUUGUGGCCUGUCUCGAGAUCUAGAUUUGGUCUUGUUGUUGACAAUCUAUCAUCAGAAUGGAUCAGAGAGAUUGAUCCAGACCUCUGUUCAAGAUUCGUGUCAAACUCUACUGGAAGCAAUGAUGGAUCUAAAUGAUAUAGCGUUUAGAAUGCGAACUUGCCUCAAGAGUAAGGCUCUUCCAGCUGGGGGUUUGCCUUUGGUAGAGAAAAGUAGAUCUGAAAUGACUAUGAGGUGCCGAACUUGGAGCAGACGGUGCGGGGAUUUUUUUCUCAGUCAUCCUAAGUCAGUCACCAAGUAGAAUAAUGCAAACAUCCAAGGAAGCGUCAAUACAUGCUCUGGAACAGAGCAUAAAGCUAAGAGUCGCAUGCCACCAAUUAGAAGAAAGGAAAGCUUUGAAGGGUAAUGGCAUUGCACCCUCGUCCAGAGCUAGAUUUUCGCAAAACACUUACAUGUCUUAGGCGUAAAAUAUCUCCAUGUCAAGUUGCUUUACGAAAGAUUGUGGCACUUGAAUGCCUGGCAUAUGAAAAUCGUCAAUGACC